ACUGUACCCCCGUCACGCAAGUGCUCUCAACAACUUGGGGACGUUGACCAAAGAUGUGGUGGAGGCAAAGGAUUACUACAGACGGGCCCUUCAGCUAAACCCUCAGCAUAAUCGAGCACUCUUCAAUCUUGGCAACCUGCUCAAGUCCCAAGGGAAGAAAGAGGAAGCUGUAAUCUUGCUGCGGGACUCCAUUAAGUACGGCCCAGAGUUUGCAGAUGCUUACUCGAGCCUGGCCUCGCUGCUAGCUGAACAGGACCGGCUUAAGGAAGCAGAGGAAGUCUAUAAGGCUGGCAUAGAGAAUUGUCCAGAGAGCUCUGAUCUGCACAACAACUACGGUGUUUUCUUGGUUGAUACCGGGGCUCCCGAACGAGCCGUGUCCCACUACAGCCAGGCCAUCCGCCUGAGCCCCGCUCACCACGUGGCCAUGGUGAACCUGGGCAGGCUUCACCGCUCCCUGGGGCAGAACAAAGAGGCUGAAGCAUGGUACAAGAGGGCACUGAAGGUAUCCCGGAAGGCUGAAAUCCUGUCCCCACUGGGGGCUCUGUAUUACAACACAGGGCGGUAUGAAGAGGCGUUGCAGGUUUACAGGGAAGCGGCAUCACUGCAGCCUUCAAACAAAGAGAUCCGACUGGCGCUGGCUCAGGUUUUAGCAAUGAUGGGGCGGACAAAAGAAGCAGAAAAGAUGACGAACCAUAUACUCAAUGAGGAUGUGGAGUGUCUGGAGUGCUACCGCCUUCUGUCAGCCAUCUACAGCAAGCAGGAGCACUAUGCCAAGGCACUUGAAGCUAUAGAAAAAGCUCUUCAGCUAAAACCAAAGGAUCCAAAAGUCAUAUCAGAGCUCUUUUUCACUAAAGGAAACCAGCUAAGAGAGCAGAAUCUCCUUGACAAGGCUUUUGAGAGCUAUAAACGAGCUGUGGAACUCAACCCAGACCAAGCACAGGCCUGGAUGAAUAUGGGAGGCAUUGAGCACAUCAAGGGGAGCUACGUCACUGCCCGUGGCUACUAUGAGAAAGCCUUACAGCUGGUUCCAAACAGCAAGCUGCUGAAGGAGAAUCUGGCCAAACUGGAUCGCUUGGAGAAACGGUUUCAGGAAGUCCAGGAGAAAGACCAGACAUAGCAUUCUGUCACCAAUGGAAAGAAACCCAUGCCCCUUGGAGAAGAGUAUGGUGGAAACCUAUUGCUCAAAGUGAUGCCGAAGGAACUUUGAUACAACUCAGAAUUACGGAAGGCAAAUUAUGAAUGCAUGCUUGUGUUUCACCAAAGUUAAAGGAGAUACUUAGCUCCUGUGGGACAUGCUGGAGAAUGAAUCAAAACCUUCAUUUAAUCAAGAUUUAUGUUUUGGCUGAAGCCCUUUUAAUCACAUCAGGUGUGUGGGUGGAACAUGUACCUUCAAUAUCUUGGUUAUCGCUUGAGAAACCAUGAAGAUAAAGCAUUCAUCCAUUGGAGCAGGGGUGAAAUAGCACCUCCUAUUUCUCAACACAGGCUCACCUCGUCCACAUAAAGUACCACUGAUGAGCUUUGUAGCAAGUGCUGCCAGGUCGUUCUGAGCCGGGAAAGAUAGUCCUAAUGGUCAUGUAAAAAGGUUUCAAGGGGUUAAUGCUGAGGAAGUGGUGGCCACUUUUACAGCUCUAAAUGUGGCGUGAAAAUUAUUCUAAGGAAAGGGAAAGCGGUAUCUGAAUAUCACCCUGGAAGGGUGUUUCUACAAAUAGGACAAAUGAUCCUUUGAGGGAAAAACCUCACCUGAAUGUUUUACUCAUAAGAUAGUAAUAUUGUAGUAAUUCAGGUUCAUGAUGUCAGUAUUGUCAAAUAACGUAUGGCUUUACCCUUUGCCCUCUUCCUCCAAGCCAAAUGAUUACUCUGAAAAAAACAGAAGCUUCAAAAGGCAAUGGGAAACUCUAGGAUUACUUGUCCUCCUGUCCAGUCCCCAG